AUGGAUCUUCUGUCACCAUCUGAUGAACCACCAGCUGCCAAUGUUCCCAUUGAAAAGGCUCCACCAAGCAAACCUGCCGCUCGCUUUGACGACACGCCGUCCCCUAUGCGCGCCGAUGGCAACAGCCCCAAUUUCAAGCCUCUGAUCAGUCCCGAAAAAGAUAUACGCCCUGGUCUCACAGAUCUAACCCGAGAGGUACCCCGUGGCCCUAUCACUGCACCUCGGCAUGUACGUUCUGGUACUACGGUUCCCGGUCAGACAGCAUCUCGGGAUACCGUGAAUCCAACUCAGGAUGUACGCUCUGGUGCUGGGGCGUCACCUAAGGCCGGCGUCCAUGUGAAACCAACAAACCUCAAGAACCGUCAACGCAAAACGCUAGAGGACUGA